UGAAGGAGAGAGGAGAGAAUUUGAAUCCAAGCUUGUAAAACCUAACGAAGCCGCUGUUUUUUCUUCUCCGCUCACUCCCUUAAAUCGCAGAGGAAAAGGCUGUGUAGCCGUCUGUGAUAGAUUCCGCCACCGAUCACCGCCGGUACAAAGGUCAGUUAUUCUCUUGAAAAAGCUCUCGUCUUUCAAGUUAGAUUUGUCUCUGUAGACUGUAGGUUCUGACCCCCUUUCCAUGCUUCAUAUAUUUUAUAUCGGCUGCGAUUGAAUUUGAACGCGCUAAACCCUGUAUGUUUUCUCGUCUCGUCGAGCAAAAUAUUACGUUUGGAUGUGUUCAUGGUGAAAGUAUAAGGUUACCGGUUGUGGGAGAUUUUAUUAUUUGCUUGCAAUCUGGUUGUUCUGAAUUAUCUUGUUGAUCGGUGUUCUUAUGAACAAGCUACUAUACUAAGGCUAGGGUGCAGUUUUGGUGUCAUAAUUCUCUGGUCGUUUCAAUGAAAUCAAUAUAUGUCUGUUCGAUUCCAUGUUGGUUGAAAUCCAUUCUGCUUGUUGCAGAUACAUGGCUCAAUACGAUUUCAAGAAGAUCACUGUCGUCCCAACUGGGAACGACUUGAUCGACAUUGUUCUCUCUCGCACUCAGCGCCAGACCCCUACGGUGAUCCACAAGGGGAAUGCAAUUUCCCGCGUCCGCCAGUUCUACAUGCGAAAGGUGAAGUUCACCGAAACCAACUUCACUGAUAAGCUCUCCAAAACCAUUGAGGAUUUCCCUCGAGUAGAAGAUAUCCAUCCCUUUUACGGCGACCUCCUUCACGUCCUCUACAACAAGGAUCACUACAAACUCGCACUUGGGCAGCUCAACACAGCAAGAAAUCUCAUCAAGAGGAUACGUGAAGACUAUGUGAAGCUCUUGAAAUAUGGCGACUCGCUCUACCGGUGCAAGUCAUUGAAGCGUGCAGCACUUGGCCGAAUGUGUACUGUGACCAAGCGCAUUGGGCCGAGCUUGGCCUACCUCGAACAUGUCAGGCAGCACAUGGCGAGGCUUCCCUCGAUCAACACGGGCGCUCCAACGAUCUUGAUUUGUGGAUGCCCCAAUGUUGGGAAGAGCUCUUUCUUGAACAAGAUCACCAGGGCUGAUGUGGAGGUCCAACCAUAUGCUUUCACCACGAAAUCGCUCUUUGUGGGGCAUACGGACUACAAGUACCUGAGGUAUCAGGUGAUCGAUACACCGGGGCUCUUGGACAGGCCUCUUGAGGAUAGGAACAUCAUCGAGAUGUGCAGCGUUACAGCUCUUGUGAAUCUCCAUGCUGCUAUCUUGUUCUUCUUGGACCUAUCGGGCUCGUGUGGCUACAGCAUCUCUCAACAAGCAGCAUUAUUCCACAGCAUCAAGAUGAUGUUCCGGAACAACCCUGUGCUCAUUGUCUGCAACAAAACAGAUUUGCAGACCUUGGAAGGACUGAGUGGAGAAGACCUGAAGCUUGUCAUGGAGAUGAAAUCCGCAGCACUGAAGACUAUCCCUGGUCAAGGAGGUGAAGCUGCUAAUAACCAGGAUGUGCUCCUGACCAUGAGCACGAUAACCGACGAAGGCGUGAUGGCAGUAAAGAAUGCAGCUUGCCAGAGGCUGCUGGAUCAGCGAUCGGAGCGUAAGAUGAAAUCCAAGAAGAUGCCUACCGUGUUGAAUCGCUUCCAUGUAGCAAUGCCAAAGCCGCGUGACCAAAAGGAGAGGCCAGUCUGCAUACCCCAAGCAGUUUUGGAAGCCAGAGCAGAAGAGGCAGCACACGAGGAGAGAAAAACCGAGAAGGAUAUCGAAAAUGAGAAUGGUGGUGCUGGUGUGUACUCUGCCAGCUUGAGGAAGCACUACAUUCUAGCGGAUGACGAUUGGAAGCUGGACAUAUUGCCCGAGUUCCUUGAUGGCCAUAAUGUGUAUGAUUUCAUUGAUCCGGAUAUCUUGCAGAGGGUUGAGGAGCUGGAACGUGAAGAAACAGCAGUAGAGGAAGAUGGUGGUGACUUUGAGAUGGAGGAUGAAGAUUUUACUGCCGAGGCUGAAAAAGACCUGCAAGAAAUCAGGAAGAGGAAGAAGUUGUUGAUCCAAAAGCAUAGGAUCAAGAAGAGCACUGCAGAAAGUCGGCCAACUGUGCCUAGGAAAUUUGACAAGGACAGGAAGUUCACUACUGAGAGAAUGGGAAGGCAGCUGUCAAGCUUGGGGAUCAAUCCUUCUCGUGCUAUCGAACGUGCUAGGAGCAGGUCUGUCUCCAGGAAAGGAAGGAAGAGAGAGAGGUCUGUUGGUGGGGAUGGUGAGGAUGAAAUGGAGAUCGAUGGUGGUUUGGAUAACAAGAAGAAGCUGAGGCUGAGAUCAAGGUCAAGAUCAGUGUUGUCUCAGCGGCCUCUUGGGGAGGUUGUACCUGGAGAAGGGUUCAAGGACUCUGCUCAGAAGAUGAAAGCUGUUACAAUGGCCAGGAAUGCUACCAAGAAGAGGAACAAGGAUGCUCGGCGUGGUGAGGCAGAUAGAGUUAUCCCGACGCUUAGACCAAAGCACCUGUUCUCUGGGAAGCGCUCCAUCGGGAAAACAGAUCGAAGAUAAUAGGCAUUUAGAGGUUUGCAGGCUGCACAUUCUAGUUCCUACAAUGUUUUCUUCUUCUAUCUGGUUAGCUUUUAUGCUGCUGUUUUCUCUUGACCGAUGAUAUAUGUGCAUGGCUUUUCUAAUCUUGCAGGAAGGGUAUAGAUUCGGCUUGCUGUUUGAGUUUGACUAUCAUUUUGCUGUUGAUUCUGGCCUGGCGUUAUUAGGUGGUAUAGAGGUGCUUAUUCAUUUUGUGUUCUCUUUUCUGCUGAGAAAUUGUUCUGGGAGUGAGGCUCUAUCUAUUUAGAUUAGACAUGGUCCUGUUGGUAUUACGUUAAAACUUUAUGGGGAGCAGGGGAGAUUUUGGGUAAACUAUGUUCUCUGAAUUAAAGAAUUGUUCGUGGGUUAUGUUAUGAAGUCGUUCUUCUGUUUCCCCUGGGAUGGAAAGGUUACGGCAUUUCCCUUGAAUCGAGUUGGCUUUUUUGCUCACCUAGGGAGUCCACUGUGUUCUGGACAUCAAGGCCUCCUCUUUACCUAUGUGAUCUGUUGUUGAAAAUCACACCAAUUUACACAGACCUAGAUGCAACUGUCUGCUUUGUUUGAUGGUAUCGAACAAAUCACUAUGUCAACUUGCUUCACUGCCUCCACUAUAAUAUUCUCAUCCUGCAAUGAACCCUGGGAAAAUAGAAGAAGAAAUCCACAUUUGGAAUGCAAAAUCCAAUGAAGCUAAUAAUGAGCGCGGGAGAAUUGCAGAAAGAUGCUACCUUUAUUGCAGUGGCAUGAUUAUCUUUUGUAAUGUUAUCUUCCGUGAAUCAAUAUAUGAUUAUCAUUUGU